GAGCAAGUCACCUACUGCUUCUCACAACACGCAAGAUUCACAAUGGGUCUCGCUGUGCUUCCUCCAGACCCCGAAGAGGAUGUGGUGGUGGUGCAAAGUCCCUCUGACGAUGUCGACAGCCCGUCAGACAGUGAUGUGUCGAUGUAUGACGAGGAUGGUCGACCAUUGAAACGUGCUCGACUGUCGCCCUCAAGCUCGCGAAAAAUGGUCCUUCCAGGUGAGAUCAUUACCGAAGAGACAGAAUGGAUGAGAGGACACGGCACUUAUACGAGCGACGCCUCCACAAUAAUGACCGCUACCCUGGCAGGACCAUUACGGCAAACGAACAAGCUACUCUCCGUCGCACCUCUACGAGCGAGAUACACUCCUGAAAUAGGCGACUUGGUGGUUGGACGAAUUGUUGAGGUUCAGAAGAAUCGUUGGAAAGUGGAUGUUGCAGCUCCUUUACUAGCACAAUUACCCCUCUCAUCCAUAAACUUGCCGGGCGGUGUCCUGCGACGAAGAACGACUGCAGACGAACUUCAGAUGCGAAAUUAUUUUCAGGAAGGAGAUUUACUGGUUGCGGAGGUGCAACAAGUCGGAAGCAGUGACGGGACUGCAAGUUUACACACUCGAAGUCUGAAAUACGGCAAGUUGCGCAAUGGCACUUUUCUCGCCGUCACUGGCACAGGCGGCGGAGGUGGAGUAGUGCGCAGUAGGCGACAGGUGUUCACUAUCAACAGCGGUGCGCAAGGAGGGGGUGACGUCGACGUCAUUCUGGGAGUGAAUGGAUACAUCUGGCUGAGCAAACAUGUCGAACAAGCCGAGGACCAGAGCAGAAUGAGUGGCGGCGUCAGCAUCUCGAAUCUCGACGACGUGGUCAGCAGCGCAAUCUAUUCUAGCCAGAAUGAUAAGAUCGAAGAAGGAACGCGGAGGGAAAUUGCACGGAUCGCAGAGUGCAUCAGAAUACUUGCGGAGAAAGGCGUGAGGGUAGAUGAAGAUACGGUCAUCAAGGCUUAUGAGGCUGCUGUCGAUGCUGAGAUGAGCGUAGAAAGUCAUGACGGAGCUGGGACGGCAUUCAAUGACGAAGUGCGGAAACGAAUCAUCGACGCGGCCACUCAUUGAUCGAUAUAGAGGUAUCUGUCUGAUACGGACAGUCGAUUGCAGCUAUCCUCGACCUCCAAGCUGUAAGCCGCAGCCAUGCUUGCGGCGGCAAUAACGAUGGCAACAUAUCCGACGAGCAUUCCCAUGAUUGAUGCUGCAAGUAGCCAAAGAAAGAACCCUCAGCGCUCAGCAGUAUGCUGACUUCUUUAUCCAAGCACCCACCCGCUAUCUGUCAAACACCAAAAGAUCCAAAAUUUUUGGACCUUCCAAUGUUAACAGCAUCGUACCAGGCUACCAGACCACCGGCCGUUCCCGGCAAAGUCGUGCCUUUUCCUCAUCUGUGCGUCCGUACCACCAACGCCGUCAUGUUAUCAGUCCUCGUAUUCGACGAAAGCAACCUCCUUUCUUGAUUGUAAGCCAAUGAGCUAUGAAACAAAGAGCAGAGCACUCGCCAGCAACACGAGGGAAGAAAGUGGGAGGCACAUUAACAUCUUUCCAGACUCUGUGAGCUUCCUGGCCUCAAGAGCCUGGGCUCCAAUGCGACUUCGCCAUCGCUGGCUUCAGUGUGCGAAACCUGCUGCAUGUAUAGGACAGGAUGAUACACGGCGAGUAUGGCGGUCGCUGUCACCAUCGGCCCUCCUUCAAACACAUAGACACACCAUUCUCUGGUCAUCAGGUAUCCGUCAUCACCCAUCGCGAACUCGACAAGACGGAAGACGGUUCGGAUCUGUUUCCACAGUGCACACCGUGUCAGCUUACCAUCAGAAUCAUCAGCAGAGAGGACCGAGAGGAUACCAACCUGUACAAGAAUUGAAGCAAUCCAGACUCCCGUGAUAACCUUCUUCGCACCCGGCUGCAAGCUGACAUCCUUCAUGUUGUUGACCCGGCUUUGGAACAUGGCAAAGACGGUAAGGAAGCCGGUAAAGGUGAUAACCUGUAAUGCUAGACCAACGAGAAUGACGUCGAUUCCGACCGUCCGCAGAGUGCCUUUCCAGCUCCCUGCACCCGCAAUACUGCUGCCGCCACCUUGCGUGUUGAAACUGGUAAAAUCGGAGAUGAUGAAGAGGUAGCCGAGCCGUUUUGGAGAUAGACCCCAGAAGACCUGGGGUCUUCUCCCACCACCGCCGCCUUCUUUGUCAUCGGCAGGGAGGUUGAAACGGAUCAGCCUUGUCAUGAGGAGGUAUAAGCUUGCACAGACGAAGACUGGUGCAAUCACAAUGCAGGACUGUGAGCAGGCGUACCAGAUGACGGACAUGGGCCACGAGUGUCGGUACUCGAUCGACAGGAUGCGCAUGCCCCAUCCAGCUAGCGACAUAAUGGCAGCCACGAACAGGCAGAUUGUGUAUUUGUGCCGGAUUGGUUGUUUGCGUGAGUAGAUCAUGCUCAGGUACAUGUGCCAGACUGAGAGGAUGAGAUAGAAGGUGGUCAAGACAAUGGCAAGGGCCAAGGAAGGGUUAUAGGAGUACGGAUCGAUCUCGUCUGGGGAAGGGGUAUCGCGCCUCGUGUUGAAGGAGGCCAUUCUGCGCAGGGUUUCCUGGACUAGUGACCGACUGAAGAGGUUGGCUUCGCUCGAUGGGGCUUGUUUGUCAGUGCCAAUUGCGAGGGGCUGAUUGUUGAGUCGGGAGGGAUGAGGCUGAAUUGGUUUUGGCUUUGAGGCUGUUGGGAGCAAGGUCACAAGUCUUGGUGUCUAACGUUAAGACGCCCAUACAACCAAGUGCAUAUAAUCUGGUAUGAAUGAAGCCUGGUAUGGAGAUGGCAGGACAAAACAAGCGGGCUGCAAAGGAAGUAUUUGAGAGUACUCUGGACUUGAUCUUUCAACUGGGACGGGGCCAGGGAAUUGGUCGAGAAAGAGCCAGCUCUCUAUAUAUGCCAAUUUUGUAUCAUGAAGCAAG